AUGCCUCAGUUAUCAGGGGGACUCGUGUCCAGCCCUUCUUUCGCUCUCGGUGAGACCAACGUCAAAGUGCCUAUAGGUCGUGACGCUAUUCUCAACUGCACCGUGCACAACUCAGGCAGCCACAAGGUGGCUUGGAUAGACUCCCUCCGCGGUGUCGUCCUUACGGUGGAGGAAGUGGUGGUGACAGGAAACCCUCGAGUUGGCAUCAGGCACUCUGUCACCCCCAACGGUGCCGAUUCGUGGGUGCUGAGUGUCAAGGCUGUCACCAUGAAGGACGCUGGCACCUACAUGUGUCAAGUGAGCACCAAAGCGGGGCUCAGACUCCUCUACAACCUGUCUGUUGUCGUGUCGAGAAAUGCUUUGGAAACUAUAAAGAAAGAGGAAGUGGAAGAAAAAUCCGAUUCCCUAGGAAGAUUAUCGAGGUUCUCGCCUCUGAACCCAAUUUCACAGUUCCUUCAGCCGGGGUCACCCUCCAAAGUCGCCCCAUAA